AUGUAAGAGGAUGAUGUAAAAAUUAUGAAAAACGCACCGAGAGGGCGUGGUUCCACCACCUUUCGCAUCACAUAUACCAGUUACAAAUAGAAUCAUUCUGGGCAAUUGUACGACACAGCGCAGAAUCGCUAUAGUACAGCAUAAGAUGGCGUCAAUGUCGACUCGGAACGUUGUUAUCUUUGGAGAAACAGGAGCAGGCAAAAGCUCUGUCAUCAACCUGAUGGCUGGCCAAGAGAUUGCGCACAUAUCGCCCGACUCUCACCGUUGUACUCUGCAUUGGACAGAGUACCAAAUAACCUUCGAAAAUGGGACUCGAUACAAGGUGUUUGAUACGGUCGGCCUCGAAGAGCCUCGUCUACAAACCGGAGAGUACCUCUCCGCAAUUUCAAAUGCACAUGGCCUCAUCAACACUUUGAAAGAACGUGGAGGUGUCAAUCUCUUGCUCUUCUGUAUACGUGGAGGUAGAGUCUCGGCAACCAUGCAGAACAACUAUCGGUUGUUCUUCGAAUUUCUCUGCGAGGAAAAAGUCCCACUCGCACUAGUCGUCACAAACCUCGAAAGAGAGGCAACGAUGGAAGACUGGUACAUGCGGAAUGUGAGCUCCUUGGAGAAGUAUAACAUCAGGUCCGCGGGACACGCGUGCAUAACUGCGGCGAAUUUACUGGACGGGAGGCAUAAAGACAAGUAUGAGGAGUCGCGUGGAAUAGUCCGUAGAGUGGUUGAGGCCCAUUGCAAUGCAUCCAUGGAAGGGUGGACCGGUGGUCAAGGAUGGCUUGCAUCGUUCAUUACCAAGCUUGUGGAAUUUGUCGUUGGACGUCCCAAAAAGACGGAUGUCGUUGGGAUUCUCUCAAAACGAUGUGGAAUGGCCAAGGAGGUGGCCCUGCAGGUAGCGCAGCACAUUAAAUCCGAAAAUCCGAGUCAGUCGUAGAAUAAUCUCAGACUUGUCAUCGACACUAGUAUCGGGUACAUACUACUACUACUGUGAUGUACGUGUAGCAUUCCCUCGCACGUAGUAGUACAACAAC